CCUCCCCUUAGGGCACCUCUGUACCGCCCGCGCCUGGGCUGCGGGAACCCGAGCUGGAGUCCCCGGUCCCAGGGCUCGGGGGCGGGGCGGGGGGAGGGGCUGGAGAAGACCCCUCCCCCGCCGCUGGGGAGCCCCCACUGCGCCAAAGCCAGGAGCGACCCCCGCACCCUCCAACACCCGGCCCCAGUUUUCUGCAGUACCUGGGGGUGCCUUGGAACACAGUUUGGGAACUGCAGUCAUAAAAAGGUUCUGGAGAUGCUCUGAGGUCAUGGAUGCCCAGCAAGCCGCCUGGCGCACAGAGGGGAACAUGUCCCAGGCACCCAGUGAUUCCAGGAGGGUGACAAGAGACCCGUGGGGCAGCCUCACACCUGCCGAUGGGCAGCCUGAGGAAAGCCAUGCCAGGCAGCCCACACGCUCACGAGCAAAAGUAAACCAUGGCUGUGGCUGGAGAAGCACCCCCGAUGGCCACGUGUUCACGACUUGACCCCCGCCUGCGGAGCCUCGUGUCUGAACCAGCUGAUGGAGCCUCUUAUAGUCUGGGUUCCAAGAGGUGGGGCCUGGUGGGCCUUAUAGUCAUAUGAAGGGGAUAGUGAGACCCUGGCCCCUCCUCCCUCUCCCUCCACGCCUCCCCCUCUUCCUUUUCAGGAACCAUGAGGUAAGCAGCGUAUUCCAGCACACAUUAUGCUGCUUUGUCAUAGUCCCAGGCAACAGGGCCAACUAUGGGUUGAAAUCUCCCAAACUGUGGCCAAAAUAAACCUUUCCUCUUUUAAGUGGAUUAUCUCAGGUAUUUUGGUACAAUAAUAGAAAGGUAAUUCAGAGAUUAUUUUGUUUGAAAGUGUGGAGUUUUGGAGAGGUUUGUUAUACAGUGUUCUAAUUCUGUUUUGUUUUUAUGGGGGGUGGGUGGGUACCAGAGAUUGAAUUCAGGGGCACUUCGCCAUUGAGCCACAUCCCCAGCCCUAUUUUGUAUUUUAUUUAGAGACAGGGCCUCACUGAGGUGCUUAGCGCCUCAUUUUUGCUGAGGCUGGCUUUGAACUCUUGAUCCUCCUGUCUCAGCCUCCCAAGCCACUGGGAUUACCGGUAUGUGUCACCGCACCAACAUACAGUGUUCUUGUAACAAUCCAGCUUCACUAUCUGUGGCAAACUCAGAGUCUCUGAGCUCAGCUCUGAUUGGAUCGUUUGGUUACCAACUCAGACACACAGCUCUUCAAAUACAAGCCACCCAAGAACCCAGGGUCUGCCUCCUGACCAAUCCGUGGGGGCCACCUGUGUGCAGCACCCACCUCUGCUCCAGGCAAUUGUCCCAUGACUACAGGGCCACAGGAAACGAAGCCUGGGGACCUACCUGGAGGGGCUCAUGUCUAGUCCCUGUGUUCAGAAGGGGUGUGAGCGGGGCCGGCGAGAGUUUCUCAGAUCUUCAGUUCUGAAGAGUGACAGCUGAACCAGAAUAGAAUUGGCACAUAGCAUCUUGUCUGCAUGUGGCAAUGAGAUGCACUCAGGCUGUAAAUCCUAGAGUACAAGGAACCUGAGGCUCCUUACAACUCAGGUUAGUAGUUAUUUAGAGACGUUUUGCCUGAAGAGGGAAAGGAUAAAGCCCAGCUGUGAACAGAAAGUCUGAUGGAGCCCGGGUUGGAUCCCAGGCACCAGGGCCCCCAGUACAGCACCCAUUUUUCUGCCUGGUAGUUCUGAUGCUUGGAAGGAGCCCAGGUGCACCUCUGGCCCACAGAGGCACUUCUCAAGUCUCCCUGGUUUCCUGGUUCAGGCUGCUGCUUGCUGAUGGCGUCCUUGAAAGAACUCUCAGCCUUCUCCGGCUGGGUCCCAGCCUGUGCCCCAUGUCCCCUACCCACUGUUAGCUUUGUCUUCUGGGGCCACAAUAAAUUCAUUUAUGAACACUUCCUAUAAUUUUUACUUCUAUGAAUUCAAUUGAGUUCUAUUUCAAAAAAGUUUUAAUAGCAUCUUUUUCUGUGUUUUUGAUUCUUUCUUGUGUGCCUUUCAUUCUUCUCAGAAUAUUUUUUUUGAUCUCCUUCAUCUGCAGGGGGAAGAGGCACUGGAUCCGGCGGUAGAUGGGGUCCGCUGACUCUGGUCCACUGUGGGUUCUGUCAUCCGAAGGCAGCUUUAUUUGGGGGUUCUUGUGUCACCGGGGUUGAGGGAAAGUCCUUCCAACUCGUAUCGAAUUUGUUUUGUCCCUCACCCCAGGGGAUCUGGGUGACAGACAGAACACAGCUAUCUGGGAUGACUGUGUCAAUCCUCAGGGUUCCUGGCUCACAUGGAUAGAAUGAAUUUUUUAAGACCCUACAUCAAAGUAGGUCUGAUUUCUUUCCAUGAUAACAUUAGCUUGAUUAUUGUUUGUUUCAAUCUGCUAGAAUAUCAGCUCCAGGAAAGCAGAGACUUUGUCCCUCUGGUGUUGGGCUAGUGCCUAGAGCAGAACUUGGCACAGAGUGGAUACUCAUUGCAAGAUGAUUGCUGUAGCACCAGACAUCACGUCUACAUUUAAGGUAAAAGGAAGGGGGAGAAAGUAAAUGCAAAGGGGAAAACAUCAGAAACACUUUCCCUUUCGUUAGAAAGGUAGAAGGGUUUUCCUAAGGUCUAAUGACAAAUUUCUGCUUUGGUCUCAUUUGUUAGGAAUGGGUUUUGCAGGCAUCUUAGAAGUAAGGGAAUUUGGGACGUGAACAUCUUCCUUUAUCUAGACUCAAUGGAUAAGUGAAAAAGGGAGGGAGGGUCUGGACCACAGGUGGGAUACCUCCCCCCCCCCCCCCCCGCAUAUACUUCGCAUAUAAAGCACAAAACAAGCCCUGGGCAAGAGCACCUAUUUCACCUAUUUCAAAAUGACUGUUAUUGUUAUGCUUUAAAGCUUCACAGUCCCUGUCAUCCCGCUGGCUUCUGGAACCAGCAGGCACGGAGGCACUCAUGCCCCGGUGGUCCCCUCCCUUCAUAUUCGGUUUGUGCAAAGUACUCAAGCCCUUUAAAAAAAAAAAAAAAAAAAAAAAACACUACACUUUCCCAUGUGAACUGCUUCCUGCUCCCAUUUAUUCCAUCUUGAGUGACUUGGCCACCCUGCUGCCAGCUGAAGGAGGUUGGGGACUCUAUGAGUCACAAGUCCCUCAGGCCCACAGCCGGAUCAUCAUCAAGGUCUUCUCAAGGAGAUGAAGGCAGCUGGAGAGCCAACCCCGGACCUCGGGCAGACCCUGGAAUGGCUGAGACGGGAGCUGGUGAGGCUUUGCGUGACUUUCCCCCUGACACCCGCACCCCACAUUUUCAAGGUUUCCCGUCCCUCCUCUCAGGUGCCCCAUUGGACAGGGCAGAGGCUGCAGGCAUCCCUGUGGGGACCAGCCACCCGGUGCAUGAUCGCAGUUUCCGGCCAGGGUGGCCUACCAGCUCAGGACUUCUCUGCAGGGCUGACUCAGAAACUGUACCUUGGAAGAGAGAGAAAGGGGGGGAAAUCUCUCUCUCCAGGAAACAUCUCCUGUGUCUCAUUUCCAGUGGAGGGAGUAGCUGGAGCCAGCAGAGGGGACUGCAGUUUCUCACAUCCACAGGCGCUGGGCCUCCCGGGGUCCCCCAGGUCCGAGAUGCAGAUCCAAGACCAGCAGCUUCUGCUCACGCUGAGACAUCUUCACGGGGUCCUGGAGGAGCUGCGAGCCGAGAGCGCCCGAUGGGAGGAGGCGCGGUGCAGCGCCGGGACCAGCCCUGCUAGAGCCCGGGCGGGCUCUGAAGGCCGGGGCUGCCAGCCGGUCUCCUUGCGGGGGCUGGCCCAGCUCCUCCGAGGGGAAGAGAGCAGGCGAAGCUCCCUUCCGUAACUGGGCAGAAAAGGCACUGGCCUUAGGCCCUCCUGCCGCUGGUGUGGACUUUGGCUGUGAUGUAUGGGAGGGAGCUCUGGAGGGGAGCCCGGGAGCCUGGA